GAGAAAGAGAAGAACCCGGACUACUGGCGUAAGCAGGCCCAGGACACCCUCACACAAUCACUGCUCCUCCAGGACCUCAACAGGAACAUCGCCAAGAAUGUCAUCAUGUUUCUCGGAGACGGGAUGGGGGUGCCAACUGUCACUGCCGCUCGGAUCUUAAAGGGCCAGCUAGCUGGACAGCCGGGGGAAGAGACCAUGCUGGAGAUGGACAAGUUCCCAUACGUCGCGCUUUCAAAGACUUAUAACACCAACGCCCAGGUUGCCGACAGCGCCGGCACCGCCACAGCCUACUUGUGUGGAGUGAAGGCCAACGAGGGGACAGUUGGGGUGAACGCAGCAUCGGUGCGGGGUCAGUGCAACACCACCAGGGGCAAUGAGGUGGACUCCAUCUUGAAGUGGGCCAAAGAGGCAGGGAAAUCCGUUGGCGUAGUGACCACCACCCGGGUGAACCACGCAACCCCCAGCGCCGCCUACGCCCACUGCGUUAACAGAGACUGGUUUUCGGAUAAUGAGAUGCCCAAAGAAGCGGUAGAGGAGGGGUGCAGAGACAUCGCCUGGCAGCUCAUAUACAACGUUCCCGAUAUAGAGGUCAUCAUGGGAGGGGGAAGAAAAUACAUGUUUCCUAAAAAUACCCCCGACGUGGAGUACCCCAAGGAGGAGAAGGCCAACGGGACCAGGCUGGAUGGAUUAAACCUGACGAAGAUCUGGCUGGAGAAGAAGCCACCUACGAAGAAUGCUCGUUACGUUUGGAACAGAGAUCAGCUGAUGAACCUGAAACCACAAGAGGUGGACUAUCUCCUGGGUCUCUUUGAACCCAGCGAUUUGGUGUAUGAACUGGACAGGAACACCAGUACGGACCCCUCCCUGGUGGAGAUGGUGAAGGUGGCCAUUGCUAUUCUGAAGAAAAACCCCAAAGGCUUCUUUCUCCUGGUGGAGGGUGGACGGAUAGACCAUGGACACCACGAAGGAAAGGCCAAGCAUGCUCUACAUGAAGCUGUACAGAUGGACAUUGCCAUUGGUGUGGCCGGAGAGAUGACUUCCACCGAGGAUACUCUGACCGUCGUCACCGCUGACCACUCCCACGUCUUCACAUUCGGUGGAUACACCCAUCGAGGAAACUCCAUUUUCGGUUUAGCACCAACACUGAGUGACGUCGACCAGAAACCUUUCACGUCCAUCCUGUAUGGGAACGGUCCCGGCUACAAACUAGUGGACGGGAGCAGAGAGAACGUCUCCACUGUGGACUAUACUGAUGCCAACUACCACGCUCAGUCGGCGGUUCCCCUACGGAUGGAGACCCACGGCGGAGAAGACGUAGCCGUAUUUGCCAAGGGGCCCAUGGCUCAUCUCCUGCACGGUGUCCACGAGCAGAAUUACAUACCUCACGUCAUGGCAUACGCUUCCUGCGUCGGUCAGAAUCAGAACCACUGCAAUUCCAGAAGCUCAGGCCACAGGACCUCGGUCACUCUGCUGCCCUCCGUCUUAUCGGUCCUCGCCGCACUGCGAUUGUUGUGA